CUUCAAAUAAUUAACUCUCCCUUGUAAUCCAAGAGACUAAUUAGUUUCCGUUUCCUUUUUAAUACUCACACUUCUCUCUUUUCUCUCUUCAUUCAUCAAAAUAAUUACAAACUUUUCAAUCUUCUUUUUGCUUUGAUAAUAUUUUUCAUAUGAGGACUUUGUGCCCUAAUUUGGAUAGAGAAGAUGGGCUUGAAACUGUACUUGAAGUUCCUAUUCCUGAAGAAAUGUUUGUUGAUUCAUAUAAACAUAAGUCAUGGCAAAACAUGAAAUCUUGGAUCAAAUCUCAUAGUAUUAAUACUGAUCAUAAAUCAAUUCAUGCUUCGGUUUUUGGUGGUAGAAAUGCUGAGAUUCAACUCUUACUUGGUGUUGUUGCAGCUCCUUUGAUUCCUCAUCCUAUUCGUUGUGAUCACUCUGUCAAUAAAAAGAUUAAUGAUCAUCCCAUUGAGGCUUCAAUGGCGAAAUAUAUAGUGCAACAAUACAUAGCUGCCGCGGGAGGAGAACAUGCUCUAAAUUCCAUUGAUAGUAUGUACGCGAUGGGGAAGGUGAAGAUGGUGGCGUCCGAAUUUAUUGAAGGAGAUGGUCUAGGAUUGAACAAUGGUAAGGUGAUGAAAAUCAAGAGCGCGAAAAAUGGGCAAGGUGAAAUGGGAGGAUUUGUAUUGUGGCAAAAAAACCCUGAUCUUUGGAGCAUAGAAUUGGUACUUUCAGGAUGUAAAAUUAGUGCAGGAAGUGAUGGUAGUGUUGCUUGGAGGCAAAGUCCAUGGCAUCAUUCUCACGCGUCUCGUGGUCCCGCUCGGCCUCUUCGUCGUUCCUUACAGGGUCUUGAUCCAAAGUCCACUGCUGAUUUAUUCUCCAAUUCUAUUUGUGUUGGAGAAAAGACCAUAAAUGCUGAAGACUGCUUUAUAUUAAAGCUUGAAGCAGAUCCUUCAACACUAAAGGCAAGAAGCAGCAGCAAUGUAGAAAUUAUGAGACAUACUAUUUGGGGCUAUUUUAGCCAAAGAACAGGCCUUUUGGUACAACUUGAAGAUACUCAUCUUCUUAAACUAAAAUCCCCUAAAAAUGAUGUCUUUUGGGAAACAACAAUGGAAUCAUUUAUUCAAGAUUAUCGAACAAUCGAUGGUGUUAACAUUGCAUAUGCUGGUAAAACAUCUGUUUCUUUAUUCAGAUUCGGCGAAAAUUCAGAAGGUCAUACUAGGACUAGAAUGGAAGAAAUUUGGACAAUUGAAGAAGUUGAUUUUAAUAUAAAAGGACUUUCUUUGGAUUGUUUUUUACCACCUAGUGAUUUGAAGAAAGAAGAUGAAGAUUGUGGGGUUGUUAUGAAUCAUGAUAUAACCAAGAAUUCAAGGUUGGAAUUCAAGAAUCAUGUCAAUACUCAUAAAUUAGUGAAUGCUGGUAAAAGUGCAGCCAAAAUUGUGGCUAUUGAUGAAAAUUCAGAAGACUAAUAUUGAAGCAAAUAAAGACUUGUAAAUUUAGUAUGCUGUGGUUAUUUUUGUAAAUAGAGAAUCACAGGAUAUGUUGUGUAUAAAGUGUUUAUAUAUACAUACACGUCUUAUCUCAGUAACUUUUACUGAAGGUUUGGUUUGAUAGUAAAUUACUAGGGACACAUGACUUUGUAUAGUGUAAAGAUUUUUAAUGCAAUCAUUACUAUUUUAUA